AUGGAUCUUUGCGAAGCAUUCUCAGAUGACGAAGCUCCUGUGGGCGCUGAGCUUGCCCUUCCUGCAACUGGGACGGAGGAUGGGCAAGUUGAUCUGCUGGCAGCUUUUUCUGAUGAGGAUGACAGGGUUCAGGCUGUAGAUGAUGCAGCACUGGUGCCUCUUGAGCCGAGGGCGGAUGACAAAAGUGAACCUUCUUUCAAGGGUUAUAGUUUGAAGGGGAAGGUAGGCCGGGGGCGGCACGGAGAUCAAAUUGAAAGGAAUCUGGUAUGUGCUCACAUGCGGGCCGAGAAGCGGGCGAGGAAGAACCGGGAGAAUGAAAUUGAGAUCAUCCAAGCAUUGCAGGACAGCUGCAUUAGCAAGAAUGGGUCAACUUUCAACAUUGCUGCCAAGACAUCUUCAUCUGGAGGCAUUCAGAUCAUCCUCCAUAAGACGUCUGGUCGAGGGAACCGAUUUGUUAGGAAAAUACAUUUCAGCAAGUUUAUCCGGGCCUCAUUUGGACCUAACAGCAGUGGCAGUAAUGUAGCAUUGGCUUUACUUCUUCAGGUGGACGGGUCUACAAUUCCGAGGCUUCAGAAGACAUGUGCCGGGACCUUCAUGGUCUCGCAGGCGAAGAUGCUAGCAAAACUUUAUGCUUACUGUCAACGGUGUCCUCCCUUGACUGUACAUCAUCACAUAAAGUUUGAUGAAACAUGUGUGUCGACGACAUUGAGCCCGGGGGGGCAAGCAGCUUCAGUCAAGAGCCAGUGGUCAACUUUAGUGGUUCGCUCGCGACUUCGAGUCACUUGGUCAUCUGGUGCUGUUUGGGAGAUGCGAUUGGUCACACCGGUCGUGCCAUUGCUUUCUAGCUCGGCGGAGCAAGUUUACUAUGCACUUCGUAACCACCCAAGUUACCAUAUGCUGAACAACUUGAUCCGGAUGGUGGGCACGACAGCUACUGUUCGCUGCACUUUGUUUGAAGUCGACGGUGCCUAUGCCAAUGUGCUGUAUGGAUUGGCGGUCUUCGCUCGCAACUUGGGCUACUUGUUGCGGCUACAGUUGGCAGUGAAGGACAACUUGAUCGUGCAAGCUGAGCAAGGGCAGCCUGUGGAUCAAUUGAUGCAGGAAACUAUUCAGUUUCUGGAGCAGUGGCAUCACGGCAGGGAUUGUGAGGAUUCUUACGAGCAGGGGCGAGCGACCAGGCAGAGUGAGUUUCAUCGGAAAUUGGAGAGCUUCAAGAAUAUGUGGAAUGGAAGCUUCGCAGGUCAGCCGAUGCAUCGUUGCACAUUAGGACACUGCACCGAUCGAGAAGACAUAAUAGAGAAGAUGACUCAAUCUUUUGUAUCCUUGAUGCUUGCAGUCCUACCUGCAGUGCCGGCGCCAAACAAAUGGACCACGAUUUGGCCAUCUUCAGAUUUUGUCGGGCUGGGUUUGCUGAUACACAACUACUUGCCAUCCAUCUUCGAACUUGCAUUUCGACCUGUCAUGUUCACGACUGACAUGCAGCAUGAGGAGACUGACCCACGACUGGUUGAAGGGUUGCAUUUCCAGGCGGUGCAAGGAAAGAGGUAUGUCGGUUCGCGAGAUUUUCUGGCGAACCCUGAUUCGCAAUGGAACUGCAGAGUUUGGCUUCUUGUGUCUGAGCAUUUAAGACGGCUUGUGUUUUAUUGGUUGCGGAAUUUGAAGGAUUGUAAAAAGGCUGGUUCUCGGUUCCCGAUUUGCGAACUCCUCGACAAAAGGGCAAGUGUGGUUUGGGCAGUAUUGCAGAACAUUGGGCAUCAACUUCUUGACAACCAGGGCACUGGUCGCCUAUGUUUCGCUUGGCAGGCUUCGGGUUUUUCGUCUUAUCAGGAGUGGUGUUCAUGCGACACAAAGCAAGUCCGCGAACUUCGUCGUGCACUUUUGGCAUUGUCUGCUUGGGUUUUCAGGAGACACAUUGUGUACUGGGAGCAGUUUCCAUGGUGUUUGAUGCGAUUGGUUGAUGAUGCUGCUGAGGAGGCAUCUGUACAGGCGGUGAAAGAUCGCUGGGAUUCUUCUCUCAUCUGCUGUAUGCCUGCAGGCCUCGCUAGGGAGUUGAAGCGAGCAGCUCCACAAGCAGAGGCCCUUGUUGCAGACAGCAAAUGGCGGGCGACUUUAACAGGUUUCGCUGCACUGUUGCAGAUGACCAUAGCCGACGUCGAAACCAAACAUGCAUUAUCUAGGCACUGGGCUGACAGACCAUUCCCUACGAUCCUGUGCAUCGACGAAGCCACCGCGAUUACGGAAUCAGCGAGGCCUUCAGCUCCUUUAGAGAGCGAUUCAGCAGUUGCAAGAGGUCCCACCAAGGGUGCAGCGAUCAAAAUCAAAACACCUCAGAUUCGAUCGAAAUCUGCAUACAUGUAUUUCAGAGACGAUUUCCUUCGUGUGCAGAAAGACAUCAUGGCAGGUGGGACGAUCAAUCCAUGCACGACUGAAUUUUGGCAGGAAUUGAAGGCAGCCUGGGCUGCUUUGCCGCCUGCCAGGCGAGACUACUACGAGGAAUUGGCAUUGCAAUCCAAGAUCGAAGCAGAUCGAGUUCGCUCGGCACCCCGGUCAGAAACUGCCAACGAUGCUGUAGUGCCACAACAGCAGCCAGUCGUUGCCACCGGGCAUCAGAGAGAAUCGAAUGGGGAACUUCAGCCGCUUUCUUUUGCAGGGUCAGAACACAAACCCGGGACCCCAGCCGCCAUUCCCUACAAUCCUUGGGUCCUCGCAUCGUCUGCUACAUCUGAUGUUGAGAUACCAGACUUAGCUGAGCGAGUUCGGCAGUGCAUGCAGAGCCAGUCGUCGUCGAGUGUAGAUUUGAGUGACGAAUGCAUGCGCUUGAGCCCUGUUUCGGAAGAUCAAUUGCAAGCUUCUUGGCGGCACCAGGUGACUCGUGGUGUGACAUGGGCAGCUGCACUGAAGCAGUUCAAUCGUGAAAGCCAGAGGUUCGCUGUUCCGAGCACAGACGACUUGUUUCCGGAACGAGUCAUGUAUCAGAGUUCUUGCGGCUGCCUUUGCAGGACCCUCACUUCGGGAGUAGAUUGUAUGUUCUUCGAAAGGUUGUUGGCGGCUUUCAAUGAAGUCGUGACUCAGUGCGGAAACGGCUGCAUCGCAGCCGCUAGCAAAUGCGAUAUCCUGCUCCGACAUGAUCUUCACUUUGAUGACAUGCGGGAUCCAUGUCCCGCAUUCUACACAUGGGUGACAGCUGUGUCUGCUCGCAGCGGGCCCCAUGCUUCUUCUCAGGUCUUUGUCCAGUGUCGUGUGGUCCAAGGGCCAACAGCAGAAGAGGGUCAAGUUCGGCUUCAGUUGGAUUCCUUACCUUCGAUAGGCUCUCAGUUGCGAUGGUGUUCAUCGUUGCUGGUUUCUGGGCCUUUGCGGCACUACACAGAGCAAGAGUUUGCUAAGCUUUUGUUGGAACAGUGCCUCGAGUUUGGUGCGGUCGCUGUUGGCAUGACUCGUCUCCAGUUCGAUGAUGUUGAUGUUGCCACAGUGAAGACAGCAGGCACUUGGCCAGCAUGGAAGGACAUUCUGGUGCCAGCUUCUUCACAGCCUUUGCCGGAGGAAGCACAAGCUGAUCCGGGUGUGCUCGAGCCGCCUGCUGAACCUGUUGUUGCAGCCCAGUCUUUUGAUCUGAUCUCCGAGGUAGCGGGAGAUGUUCCUGCUAGGGGGCGAGGCCGUGGUGGCGGCAGGGGUCGUGGUCGUGGCAAAGAAACAACAAAACAGAUUAGGAAUCGCCUGAUAGCAUCGAUGCCCGUAGACAACAAUCUGGAUGAAGCCCUGGAUGCAGAACUCCACCAGUUGCUCAGCGAGCAAAACAUACUUCCCCCGGAAGCCGAUGUCCUGGGCUCUGCAGCAGACUUGCACGAUGCAGUGCAAGAUCCCACUGUGGUUGCAUGUUUAGACGAGAACUUUGCAGGAGAGGUGAUUGAUGCAGUCCAUGGCUGUCGUGAAGUGAAUCCAGAGCCGAGGGUCGCAUUUCAAGAGUCUGAUGAUGAUGAGAUCGUGGAAGACAAUUUGGAUCAAGAGUUGGGGAUAGAUGUUUCAGAAGCGGUCGGCGGUGAAGCUAGUGUUGCCGGCGAAUCAAUUCCUCAGGAUGCAUGGGCAGGUGUUUUUUCCAGAUCCUGCUCCGAGUGGCGAUGCAUUGCCACGUGGCUCACGAGACUCCGUUCCGGCUUCUCGGUGGGUCUCUGA